AUUUUAAAAAUAGAUAGAAACCCUAAUCUUUGGCUUCUCUCAAACAACUUUCCAGCCGCCACCCUCAAAAAACCCCCAAACCACCAGAUCUAACAAACAACAAUCCAAAUUCCACCCGAUUCUCUGAUCUCCGGCAAGCUUGAACACCGACCCAGAAAACCCAACCAAAAGCCACCACAAACCACCAAAGAUCAGCCAACCGAAACCCCAUCCCAUUACUCCAUUUUCUCAGACCCCUCACCCUCUUGUUUUCUACCUCACGCAUAGCUACUCAACCAGCGAGCCUUCGAGUUCGAAGCUCGCAACCAGACCCCUAAACGACCCCAUCUAUUUUCCGUUUUCCGGCUGGCUCCAAGCCAAAACAACACUGCUGCGACCAGCAGCUUGUACCAGACCCCUUCCCCUUUUGAUUUUUUGUUUGUUUUGCAGUGAACCAGAAGCUCCAACAGCGGUGGACAACAACCAAGCUCCGACGACAGCGAACCCAAGCCAGACCCAGCAUCAACGGAUCUCAAAACCACAACCAGCUCUAAUCUUCGCUGCCACCUGCCAUCUCCUAUCACCCUUCUUCCCUCCGUUUUGCGGUACUCGGAGUUGCUUCCCAUUGAAGCUAUUCGAACAAUAUUUUUGAUUCAUUAUUGUGUAUUAUUGACGAUAGGACCGAAAGGAGUAUCUUCGAGACUUUGAAGUGGGUACACCAAAUUUGCCUGGAGUUAUAAAAGUGUAGAGAAAAACUUAUUGGGUUUAUUUAAACUUGUAGAGAAACAAGGAGGAGGAAAAAAGACCUAUAAGGGUCAAACUGCUCUUUUAGAUAUUAUCGAUCAAGGAAAAAAGUUGGAUCACACAUUAUGGAUCCAGACAUGUACAAUGCUGCAAUGAAAGGCAAAAUGGUAUAUGGAAAAUUUUCACUUGCUGAUCUGAGAAGAGUGGAAAAUAGAUACCAAGUCACUCCAAACGGAAACACAAUCCUCCAUGUGGCAGCUCUCUUUGGCCAACAGAAUUUUGUGGGAAAAGUCCUUCAGAUUAGCACAGCAUUAUUAUGUUAUAAAAAUAUGAAAAAUGAAACUGCGCUUCACAUUGCAGCUGAUUUAGGACAAAGUGAAGUGGUGAGAAAACUACUUAGCUUUGAAGGAGUGGAGACACUUGUGAGGAUGACGGAUGACAUUGGAGAUACGGCCUUGCACAAGGCCGUGAGAAGUGGACACGUUGACAUUGUCAGGAGUUUGAUGGAUUUAUUACAAAAUCCUGCACACGACUUCCCGGCCAAUAAGGCUGGGGAGACACCACUUUAUCUGGCCGCGGAGUCUGGUUUUCAUGAUGCUUUGAUUGAAAUCUUGAACGUUUGCAAGGAACCAACUUAUGUUACAGGUCCACUCAAUCGAACACCUCUACAUGCAGCCGUAUUUCAAGAACACACAGAAUGCGCGAGAGAACUGUGGGAAUGGAAUAAACCUUUAUGCGAACAACCUGAUGAUUGUGGUUGGAAUUCACUGCACUACCUCUACUUGUAUAACUUACACUCGGUUGCAUCGUUGUUUCCUCUGCCUUGAAACAGAGUUUGGUGUGGAUUUGAAUCGCUUGAUUUGAAUCGCAGUUUGAUCUUCCAAGAUCAUAGUGUGAUUUGCCUUGAUCUUCUUGUUAUCUUGUGAUUUGACUGGUUCUCGAGUGCCGACCACGUCCAGGGUGUAGGCUCGGAUCAUGACAUAUCCUCUCAGUGGUACUUCACCAUAAUUGACACCUCUGUCAGCUUGAUGUUAACAAUGUGUUUCUCUAGAAAAACCUGAAAGAGGAGGUGUACAUGGCACAACCUCCGGGGUUCACUAAUAAUGAUAAACCAACUCACAUAUGUCGGCUGUGCAAGACAAUCUAUGGAUUGAAACAAGCCUCGCAGGCAUGGUACAAUGCCUUCACAAGUUAUCUUUCAUCCACAAGUUUUUUUAAGACGAAAUCAGAUGCUUCGCUACUUGUCAGACAAGGUCUAGGUGAGACAACCUUCGCCCUUGUCUAUGUCAACGACAUUAUUGUCACUGGAAGCAACACUUUUCGUGUCGAUCAAGUUAUCGCUUCAGUUGCUUCUCAAUUCUCUAUGAAAGACUUAGGAAAUCUUCACUAUUUUCUUGGUGUUUAAGUUAUACGCAUCUCUGACAACUUAAUUCUCAUCCAAUCAAACUAUGUGAAUGAGAUUCCGAAUGAUGAGCUAAUGACCGAUUGCAAAAGUGUCCACACACCAAUGAGUGCAUCUGAGCUACACACAUUGUCUGAUGGCCCUCACCUUACUAAUACAACACGCUAUCAUCGGGUCUUCGGCAUGCUUCAAUACCUGUCUUUUACUAGACCAUACAUCGCCUAUGCGAUGAAUAAGUUAUCCCAAUUUAUGAAUGCAUCAUCAGAACUUCAUUGGAAAGUUGUAAAGCGUGUUCUCCGUUACUUGUGUGGAACUAUCUAGCUGGGCCUACAUGUAACCCCCAUCGAGGACUUCAAUGCAUGUAUACUCUGAUGAUGCAGAUUGAGGUUGGGACAUCUCUGAAGAGUUUCCACAUCUGGGUACAUCAUGCUCCUUUGUAUCAAUCUGAUUCUAGUCCUCGAAGAAGCAAAAUAAUGUCUCUCGCUCCUCCAUUAAAUCUGAGUAUAUGGCAGUUGUUAAUGCCCUUUCUGAAAUCCUGUGGGUUACCAAUCUUCUCACUAAGCUGCGUUUUUCAGUGCAUCAGUUGCCUACCAUUUAUUGUGACAAUCUUGGGGUCACAUUCAUGAGCAAAAAUCCUAUCCUCCAUAGCAGUGUGAAGCACAUUGCAGUUGAUUUUCACUUUGUUCACCACAAUGUAUACAUAAAAAGAAGUUCAGGCUGUUCAUGUCCAUGGUGCCUAUCAAAUCGCUAACACUCUCAUCAAGACACUGCAUAAACCUGCUUUCCAGCAAAAUCUAUUCAAGUUAGGCUCAGUGUCCCAUUGUCUAACUUGAAGGGGCGUAUUUGACACAGAACGACUCAGCCCUGUUAGUUCAGUUUUCUUAGGAUACUGCAUAAAUCAGUCAUUGUUUAUUUAUAUUACGUUAUUAGUGCUUGUUUAGGAGUCUUCUUAUUCUCUUCGUAAUUCAUUUUAAUACUCCUUUAUGUUCAUUAAUAAAA